GUCCGGUUCACCCCCCCCCCCCCACAUCGCCCUCCCCGGGUGACGGUUUGUCACCACCAAGGGCAUGGUCCUGGUGCGCGAACCCACGCAAGCGCCCUCACCCGCGCAGCACCAACAGCUGCAGAUCCUCUUUCGCCAUCCUGGCUACAAUGAUAGCAGCAACGUCCUCUUCAGGCUGCAGGCCACCGACAGAGACGACGAUGGGCGGCCGGGCCUCUUUGCUCAGCUUGCACUUGAUGCCUGUGCCAUAGUAGCAGGAAAUUGCGGCAGCCAGGGCUGGCUGUCGCUGUCACGUGAUGGCAGCGCGCCCAUAGAGCCCUCCAGCACUCUGCACGCCCGCAGCUACUACUUCCACCUCGCGGCCGCCGACGACGAGCCGUACCCCAUCGUUCCGAACUUUGGCCAGUGGCUCUACCCGCACGACCGCCUUCCCCUGCACUGGCAACAACUCGCAACCAACGCCAACGUUGCACCGCCGACCAUCGCCCUCGCGCCCUCGAACCUGACCACCGCCCUGCUCAUGCGCGAUGGCUCAUGUCGUCUCAGCGACUGCCGCGAACAGCAGCAGGUCGCGCACGUCGUGCCCCAGUCCGAGCUCGGCUGGUGGCGAGCGAACGGCAUGUCGCGCUACAACACGGGCUUGACCGCCACGCUUGACGACAUGGCCAACGCCCUCCUCCUGCGCGCCGACCUGCAUAUUGCCUUCGACACGCCCCGUCUUGCAUUCGUGCCCAAGCCCGCCACCAACGGCAGCAUGCGCCUCGUCGCGCACGUGCUUGGAUCCUCGCCCGAGUUCGAGCUUCUCUACCACAACCGCGAGCUGCACCCUACUGCAGUCGGCGUCGACAUGUUGUACGCGCGCUUCGCAUGGUCCAUCCUCCCCCUGCUCCGUGCCUUCCUGGAGAGCGACACCGACCGCCGUCUGACCUUGCGUGCUUCUGACGCGCCUCUGGCUGACGCCCGAGGCUUCGUCGCUGCCGCUGAUUGCGAGCGUUUCUCCACUGCUACGAACGGGAGGCGGUCGCAAAGUCCGAAGAAGCGCAAACCAGAACGCGACGAUGUAUUUGAGGCUGAGGAAACUGCAGAGUUUCGCCCUGGCUCUAGCCGAAAGCGCAGGUGCACUGCAGAUGCGGCCAACACCCCCUCAGAUGCGAUUCUGGCGAAGCGCCCUUGCCGAGAUCCACCCCUUUCCGCUCCUUCUUCCGAGCACACAUCGUCAUCCUUAUCCUCGCCACUGACACCUACCUCUCCACCCAUCGACACAUCCCUCUCGCCGCAGGGCCCCCAGGCAUUGCCUACACCACCAUGUCCACAGCUAGCACAAGCUUGGCUUGAAGCCGAGCGCCAGCGUUCUGACCCUGACGGCACAUGGAACAAAGAGCAAGACUGGCUUCGACGCGUCUGGGCCGGCAAAACCCUGUCAGCCGACGAGGUAGAAUGCUGGUUCGAAGGCAUUGGUUACGAAGUCAGAGAGGUGUGAUUCUGCAUGCACACCUUCUGGAGAUGUUGCGUUGGAUGAAUUGCUUCCACUUUUGUUGCCGAAUUAUCCUUCUAGACAGCUGCGAUGAGUGGAUUUAGGGCCUGAUUUCACUUUGUACACUUCUACAUAUUCGUUAUGCGUUAUUAUGAUACCCUAACUAGUGUCCUUAAGGGCCUAUUUCUUUUCUUGAAUUAAAC